CCGUGCCGGUGGCUAGUGAGUUUUCUUUCCAGUGGGCACAAAAUUAUCGGUUGCCCCUUGUUCGGGAAGGAGUGGCGGGUUCAAAGUAAACAUUUUUUCGUCUCCGUCCUGAUCGCAGUGACCGUCGUAGAGUUGAGCGACUUCCAUCAGUAACCGAACACUGGUAGUGGUAAACCUUGUUUUAACCACAAUAAUUCACUAUCAUGUACUAGUAGAGGCUCGACCCAGCAGUGAAGGCAACCUAUUUUUGGCAGCCAGAUCGAGUCGAGUCGAGAGAAAGGUGUCUGUCACAACAAACGAAUCAUCGGUGACUGUUUUCGACUUUUUUUAUGGGCAGGAAGUUCCACCCCCGGGGACCGUUCGUUCGGUGGACCCUCACUCUAUAGGAACUCGGAAUUGCUUGCUGCAGCAACAAAACAAAAAGAGAAAUUUGAAUGAAUUACCAUUUUUGAACAGUGUGUUUCUGCCCCAAAAGAAAUUUGCAUAUUUCAGAUUAGUGUCAUUUUGUUGUGUUUGUUUCAGUGCCAAGUCUGGUGCUUCGAAUUGCACUAAAGUUUGGAAGGCGAUCAUUAGCCCUUAACAGUGAGGAAUACCGAACGUACUUGGCGGUAGUAACAGUUUUGAAGUUUUGAAAAUGUGAAAAUAAAUGUGAUAAAUUUGUAGUGCGAUCCUAACGAGUAAACGAGAGCUGAAAUAGGGGCCCGUUGAGAAAUUUAUUCACUCAUCGUCCGGCUUACAGCAGUGGCUGUAUCGAGAGUGUUAGGGUCUGAUGUGACUGCAUUGACACAAAGAAGAAAACAAGAAUUCCACUGGGGCAGCGAGAAGCACAUCGUCAGCGAGCCCGAUGUAAGGCUUUUUCUUUUAUAAGAAAAAUAUUAAACUUACCGCGAUCACCUUCGGAGAAAGAGAGAAACGGCAACACAAGUAGCAGCGAAGACUGUCAAAGGGAACGAACGAAAAAAUGGAGAAAACUGGAGUAAGCGCUAUCGUCGAGUACGACUACACGGCUAAGGAAGCAGAUGAACUGACGCUGAAGAAAGGUGCCAUUAUUACCAACAUCAAGAUUCAGCCGGGAGGCUGGUGGGAAGGCACGUUGACGGCUACCGGCAGGACCGGUAUGUUUCCGGAUAAUUUUGUGCAAGUGCUGGAACCAGACGAUACCAAUCCAGUCGUUCUGAGGGACAAGACUGCCACCCAGAAUAGAAGAUGUAAAGUUAUCUACAGCUACCGGGAAAACAAACCAGAUGAGCUGACGCUGGCGGUCGGUGAUGUCAUAGAGAUUUUCGAGGAGGUAGAGGAAGGUUGGUGGCGAGGCAAACUGAACGGAAAAGUUGGUGUGUUCCCAUCGAACUUUGUCGAACCAAUCGAAUCCGCCUCACCAACUUCGGCCAACCGUAUAAGUAGCACCGGAGCUAAAGCAACGGCAUUGGAUGGCAGUUUAGGUGGUGGUAGCCUUACAAAGAAUAACAGUUUAAACAAGAGCCGGAGCAGUUUGAGCAGCUCCAGGGAAGAUUUGGACCAUGUGACACCGGUUCAGCAGCAAACGGUGUUGCCCGAUGCACCAUCGCUACCACCGAAACCAGUGCGAGAAUUGUGCAGAGUUCUUUUUGCUUAUACACCGACCAACGAUGACGAAUUGAAGCUGGUCGAAGGUGAUAUCAUUACCAUCCUGAGCAAGGACUUACCGGAUAAGGGCUGGUGGAAGGGCGAAUUGCGAGGUCGCAUCGGAGUGUUUCCGGACAAUUUUGUGCUUGCACUGCCACCGGAAGUCUCACCCGUUAAAGAAUCGUUCCACGCCAAACCAGAACGUCCUCCUCAAACGAGCAAAAUAUUGGCAAGCAAGCCAAGCACCGGUGGACACCCGAACAGUGCCUAUCGGAAGGAAAGCUUCGGCUCUAAGGAUUCCCUCAAUGAGUCUGGUGGUGGUGGUCAAGCGGUAGCUACAGGUUCGCCCACUUUCGGCAACGUUGCCGCCCAUCGUAAGUCGCUGGACAGUCGAAAAGUGGACAACUCAUCGGCAAACAGCGUUACGACCGGCCCAGUUACCGAAAAGCCUCCACGGAAGAGUUUGGAUAAUAAAACAUCGGAGAUUCGCAAGAGUUUGGAAAGUUUAGAUGAGAAAAAGGCUACACCUCCGCCGGUGCUUGGCAAGAAACCGCAGGUGCCGAUUAAGAAAAGCCCUUCGAUUACGAGUGUGACGAAUAAUCUAUUUUCCGGGCUGAAACAGAAGGUGAAAGGAGGGGAAAGCAAAUCGGCAAGCCACGAUAGUAUGGAUGGUGUGGGAGGAAGUAAGAUAAAAUCGGAGGUAGCAGAUAACAACGAAAAGAACGUUAGUGGCGAGAGACUUUCCCGAGAUGAGUCCGAACUUGGUCACGUCGAGCGUGGUUCAGUGCUGAAGGAUAUGCGUGCGAAUCGUGCAAAAGCACCGAAAAGAAGGCCACCGACAUCUGCUGGUAGUAUAAUUGGUGAAUCCGGCAGCAACGGAAUGAGCAACGGUAACUCUGGCUUGUUCCAACAAUUAUCGCACAAUGCGGAAAUGGAGUCACCGAAACCGGAUUUAUUGAAUGUUAGCCAUCACAGUAACAACAUUGAAGAUGAGUUUAUUGCUAAGCCAAAGGCUAGAGAAUGGGAAAAACAUAAGGUGCCCUGGAUGGAUGAACUAAAAGCAAGCCAGGCGAAAAAGACCUCACCGAAUGUUAAUGACUCAAAAUCACCCGAGCAUCACGCGGUGAUAUCCAACAGCAAUCAUGUACAGGAGGAGAAUAAGUUCGAUAAUAUUUCCAAGUCAUUCCACAUUAGUUCAUCAAACGCGGUAUCGUCGUCAUCUGUAACUGCUUCCGGACGCACCCGACUUUCCGAGAGGUCUGCUACUACCGGUGCGACCGACGUGACUUCCACCACAACGACUAAUAAUAUUCACAACAAUAAUAGUUCCUUUGACUUGAUCACGUCCAGUAGAAAGGAUACUAGUUGCCAUCAGCAUAUGUUAACCUCCACCAACAGUGUAGAUCAGACCAGCAGUAGCAGCAGCAACAAUAGCUCCGCUUUGACCAAGUCAAUGUCUGCCCUUUCAACAAAGAUUGCCAUCUCGUCUGACAGUGGCAGUGCGAACAAUGCGAACGAACCCUCUGCUGCUGCUGUCAGCAGCAAUCGUCCGGUCAGUGUGAACCUGCGGAAUCGUAGCAUAUCACCGACACCCACCACAAGGAAUACCAAGACAAUCCACAUCACGUCAACUAGCGGUGGAAUAUCAGAACUGGCGACGCCCGCAACUAUCAAGAAUGGAACUCCUAGCAGCAGCAGCGGAGCGACAACUACUACUGCUAUUGGACCAUCCGCAGGUGGUAUGGUUCCGGUCACCUCCGAUAAUGUGUGCUCUCGCGUACAGGAUCUAGAGCAGAAAGUUACUCGAAUGGAAAAACAACUUAGCACACAGAACAAUUUAAUUGAAGCUUUGCGGCAAAUGCUUCGCGACGAAACCGAUAAAGUUAAAACACUACAGAAAGAGUUGGAAAAAUACGCGCAGUGCGUAACACAGGUAUGAUAAAUCGCUUAUCCUAUUCGUGUCUUGUAUGUUUAGCGGUGACCGGUAGGUUCUACACUUUAGAGAACGUUUAAAAAAUAGGCAUCCAUCAGACAGACAAAGAACGCAACAACAUUCCUUGCAUUUCAUAGUACAUUUAGUGUCGACGAUGGUAUUUUGAAACUAUAUCACGAUGGGAAACAGAAAGCUUAGGCAAAGUUGUACGGUGACCAUAAUUUAUUUGUCUACACAGAUUUAUCGCGUAGAAAUCGCAUCUUUACUACUACCUACUACUACUACUACUAAACUAAAACAAACCAAUUUUGCAACCAUUUUGUAGCCAGGACACAAAACGUAGUAUUACUAAGUAGAAAGUACUUGGUUGUAACUUAUUUUACCACUGUAUAAAACAAUGAACAAAAAACAUGAGUAAAUUGAACGAACCAAAUUGAGAUGUCUACUGAA